UCUUCCCCUAGGCUGAACUCACAGGCAUCAAAUGGCGUAGGUACAAUUUUGAAGGUCAUGGGGACUGUGGCCCUAUCAUUUCAGCCCCAGCACAGGAUGAUCCAAUUCUGCUCAGCUUCAUCCGCUGCUUGCAGGCCAAUUUGCUUUGUGUGUGGCGGCGCGACGUCAAACCGGAUUGUAAGGAGCUGUGGAUAUUCUGGUGGGGAGAUGAACCAAAUCUUGUAGAUGUGAUACAUCGCGAACUGCACAUGGUGGAAGAAGGAUUGUGGGAGAAUGGACUUUCCUAUGAGUGUAGGACCCUGCUCUUCAAAGCGAUUCAUAACCUUCUGGAAAGGUGCUUGAUGGAUAAAAACUUUGUAAGAAUUGGAAAAUGGUUCAUAAGACCCUAUGACAAGGACGAGAAGCCUGUUAAUAAAAGUGAACAUUUGUCAUGUGCCUUCACAUUCUUUCUCCAUGGGGAAAGCAAUGUGUGCACGAGUGUGGAGAUUGCUCAACACCAGCCUAUCUACCUGAUCAACGAAGAGCAUAUCCAUAUGGCCCAGUCCUCACCGUCACCGUUCCAGGUGUUGGUGAGUCCCUAUGGUUUAAAUGGCACACUCACGGGCCAGUCGUAUAAGAUGUCAGACCCAGCAACUCGUAAAUUGAUGGAGGAAUGGCAGUAUUUUUACCCCAUGGUGCUGAAGAAAAAAGAAGGCAUGAAAGAGGAAGAAGAGCUGGGCUAUGACAACUGUGAUUUCCCUGUGGCAGUUGAAGUCAUUGUUGGUGGUGUAAGGAUGGUGUAUCCUUCAGCCUUUGUUCUCAUCUCCCAGAGUGACAUCCCCAUGUCACAGAAUGCUGCCAAUACUGGAGGCCAUAUAAAUGUGGGACAGCAGGGCCUUGGAAGCGUGAAAGAUCCUGCUAGUACCUGUGGGAUGCCACUCACUCCACCCACUUCUCCAGAGCAGGCUGUUACGGGAGAAAGUGGAUGCUCUCAGAGCAAUGUCAGCCAUUCAGCUGUACAGGAGGGGACAGUCAGUGUCCACAGUCCAAAGAAAUCUGGCAAGAUUACUCCAAAAUUUCACAAUCAUAUGGUUCACCGUGUCUGGAAGGAAUGCAUUCUCAACAGGUCACAGUCUAAGAGGAAUCAAAUUACAGCUGCAAAUUUGGAAGAGGAAGUUCCUAACAAUACUGUUUCUUGGGAUUUUGUGGAUCCAGUCCAAAGAGUCAGUUGUUCUUGUUCCAG